AUGGACGCGGCAGGCGCGCCCAUACCGCCGCCGGACGCGUCGUCCCCGCCGCCGUACGGCGGGCAGGGCACGGCGUCGUUCCCGAUCGCCAUCGUCAUCGCAAUCGGGUUCAUGGUCACCUCUCUCAUCCUCAUCAGCUACUACUUCCUCGUCGUCCGCUGCUGGCUCCGCGGCGGGGGCCCGCCGGCGGGUCGGGCCUGCUGUUCCACCGCGCGCGCCGCGACGACCACCACCUGGUGGAGCGAGUCUCCGCGGUCUUCUUCACAGACCAAGAGGCCGCCGAGCUCCCGGGCGGGCUCGACCCGGACGUCGUCGCCGCGCUCCCCGUCGUCAGGUACUACCGCCGCCGGCUGCCCGCUCUGCCGCACCGUCGUCACCGGCGGCGCCGUCAUCCCGCUCGCGCGCGACGACCACGGCGCGUCCUGCCGCGACUUGCAGCCGCUCGGCGGCGAUACGCGGCGCAUCGACGCCACGGGGAGGGUCGGGUACGGGAGCUCCUGCAGGUUCCCGACCAAGACCGGCGCCGCCGCGCAGGAGCCCAUCACGCGCUCCUUCUCCAUGGACUGCUUCGCGGGCGGCCUCGGCCGGAAGCCGCAGACCAAGGAGCCUUCUACUGCUGGCAGCUCGGAGGAGGCCGGCCCGAGCCUUGACGCCAGCGCCGGCAGUAGCAGCAGCAAUAACGUCGCUGACCGCGGCGCUGGCGAGACGAGCGGCCGGUUCCGGCGGCUCCUGUCGUCGUUCGGGCUCGGCCGGAGCUCGCGGAGCACGGUGCUGCCGAUCCACCUAGACCCCUGA